AUGGAUCACCAGAGAAGCCGUCCCAAGUAUAUUCAAUUAACUAGAGAAAUGUCGACGUACUCUGAGAACAGCUUCAACUCUGAUUUUUAUCAGGAAAAAAGACCUCGCUACCCUGAAAGCUUAUACCAAGAAAUUCUUUCCUACCAUAGCGGUGACCUCAAACUUGCUAUCGACGUAGGUUGUGGCACUGGGAUAUCUACUCUUCCGCUCCUCAAGAGUUUUGAGAGGGUUGUUGGAUGUGAUCCUUCUUCAACUAUGCUAGAAUCUGCCAAAAAAUUCAAAGACAAAAUUACCGUGAAAGACAUUAACCGUAUAGAAUAUAGCGUUUGCGGUGCAGAAGACCUCACGUCUUUAUUUGCUUCCGAUUCAAUAGACUUGGUCACAGGCGCAGAAUCAAUUCACUGGGUUGACGAGGAGCGUUUUUUUAAGCAGGCCUUUCAAGUAUUAAAGCCUAAUGGGACACUCGCGUACUGGUUCUAUGUCGAGCCCAUUUUCAUAGAACAUCCUCAGGCGAAUGAAAUAUACGAAGAAUUUGUCUAUGAGGACCCAGCCUACAUGGGCCCUCAAUGGAAGCCGGGAAAGGAGAAACUCAGAGUUUAUGGGGAGCAGAUUAGAAUACCUGAGGACAAAUUCACAGAUAUCGAAAGGCAUGUGUAUCGCCCUUUAGUAUCUAAAGAGAAGACGGCAUACUUUUAUGGUCGGGAUUCGAUGACUGUCGAUGAUUUACGGCAGUACUUGAGGAGCUGGAGCGCCUACCAUACUUGGCAGCAGAAAUUUGGCGAAAAGGGCUGCGACGUCGCGGAAUUAUUGCUUGAUGAGCUCAAAAGCAAAUGCGGCUGGGAUGAAGCCAAUACAAGGCUCAAAGUUGAAUGGGGCACAGCGUACUACCUGGCACGGAAAAAAGCGACAACAAAAUGA